GGUUAAGAUAUUUGGAAAUUCUGAUACUGUCCACUGUGGUCAAUUACAUUUGGGGUUCCCAGUUAUGUCAGGAUGUGGAAAAUUUCCUAAUAUGUAAGCUCUCUCAGCCUCCCAAGGAUCUAAUAAUUUAAAUAGUUUAUUUAGUCACAAUGAUCACCAUGUAUAUGCCAGAAGUUGAUGCCAUGAUAGAAAAUUAUACUGGCAUUGAUGAGACUGUUUAUGAUUUAUGGCUCAAAGGACUGUCAGUUGGUGAAGCUACUGCUGAACUUCUGAAGACUGCAGAGGUACAAGAAUGGGGAACAGGGCUGUCUCCACACACGAGCCUGAAAAAAAUAGUUGCCAUGGACACCAGUGACCACUACAGGAGAUUUGCCGAGUUUGAGAAAAUCCUUGUGGCUCCUUACAAACUUGCUGAAGACUGCACACAUCAGAUCAGCACCAGACAUCAAAAACUACUCAUAGAAAAAUUUUACACUCUGGAUGACUGUGUGGUUCGAGAGAUCAUUGGCAAGAAGCUCUCAGGCCGCAACCGAAAAGAUCUUGAUGAUGUGGCUGAGAAAACUGGGAUGAUGCUUAGAUCAUGUCGACGUCAAUUCGACAACAUCAAGCGAGUGUUCAAGCUCAUCGAAGAAGCUUCCGCUCCUCUUAUCUCCACCAUUGAAAACUUUUUCCUUUUGUCAGAUGGCCUCAGCAGGAAAUAUGCCGUAAUUGUCUUCCUGCUCCUGAACCGCUUUGAGACAAACAAGCGGAAGCUGAACUACAUGACAGCUGAGGACUUCUACACGUGUGGCUUUGCUAUGAUGCAGCACUGGAGCAGCAACCCUGCCAUGCCAGGUCAAUCGGUGGCAUCUAAUAAGCCAACUAGCGAAGACUCCGGCAUAGACAGAGAGUUUCUGGUGCUGCUGCGCGACCUCAGAUGCCUGCUGGACCGCGAGAAGGAGCACAAGAGGUGAAUAAAAUGAUCAUUGAAAUGA